GUAAAUAUUCUUUAGUCGUUUACACCUGAACUAACACAGACCACGAUGAACUCGCUGGUGGUGUUGUUAUCCGUGAUGGCGCUGGCCUCUGCCAAGCCCGGCUUCCCAUUUAUCAUCGACUACGCUGCGCCGGCUUUGGCGCUGGCUCCGGCAGCGGUUUCCCACCAGUCGAGGAUAGACGUCAAAUCUACGCCAGCUAUUGUCAAGACUGACAUUGUAGCUCCAGCAAUCGCACCUGUAGUGACAGCGCCUAUCGCUUACUCAGCGCCAUUAGCUGUCGCCCCCGCCGCAGUGUCGACUCAAUCACGCAUCGAUAUCAAGUCAUCUCCGGGUGUAAUCAGCACAUACGCCGCUGGACCCCUGGAGUACACUGCGCCCCUGGCAUACAGCCACGGUAUCGGUUAUGGUGCUCCCAUAUUAGCGUACAGUCCAUCCAUCUACGCUGCCGCCAUCCCACCGAUCGGCCUGAAGUCCAUCGCUAUCCCAUCUCAAGCGGAGCCUGCACCUGAAAGCCCUGCGGCCCCUGAAGCUGGUUUACCGGUUGCGCCUACUGAAACUCCUGAGGUAGCCGCCGCGCGCGCCGCUCAUCUAGAAGCUAAAGCCCUGGAGGAAUCCCAUCAGAUCCAGAAACGCUCCGUUGGCAUCCUCACUUCGCCUGUGAUUUCUUCCCCGAUCAUAACCCGCUACGCAUCUCCCGUCAUCUACUCAUCCCCUAUUGCGAGAAUCUCCCAUGUGGGUGUACCGACUCCUAUCCUGACGGGUGCCUAUGGACUCCACCCCUACUAAGUGCCAUCACAGAAGCGAGGAUUUUAUCUUCGGUUCAGUUGUAACGAACGACAUACUUUAGUUUUUAAUCGGAAAUAAAAGAAUUAAAAAAAAAAUAA